GACACUCGAGCGAAAUUGGAUAGGAAAAAUAGCCCAGUAGCGGGCAAUGCCCGUCAAUGGUUCAUUCUUUCGUAGCACACUUUGGAAAUUAAUUUUUCUUGGGGUAUUUGGAAAUAAGAUAAAAUCCAUAGUUACAUAUGUCAAAAAAUAUUCGAAGUUGAAAUAUUUCACCAUAAUAUUUUGAACAUGUCUUACCUCAUCCUACCGACCUUGAGAAGAUCUUUAUGUUUUCCUUCUAUAUUUCAAUUACAUGCAGCGGUCCGAUCAACACAUUGGCAUUUGAAAAUGGCUGGAAAUAGAGAACAAGUAGGUUAUGGAGUGAACGGAAAUCCUAUUUACUUCGACGCAUCGGAAAUGCCAUUUCCAGCAGUGAGGUGGAAGGAACCUACGCCUGAGUUAUGUUGUCUUUGGGAGAAAGAAAAGGGAGACUGGGGAAAACUGACUCGUGAAGAGAAAAAAGAGCUUUACAGGGCUUCGUUCAGGCAAACAUUCGCUGAAUUUCAAGCUCCGUCCCCCGAAUGGAAAAUAGUUUUGGCAAUGCUUUUACAUCUCAUCAGUGUAUCACUGUUGUUACAUUAUCUUACAUACUCAAUUUAUCCUACAAUGCCUGACACAUUUUGUGAAUCUAAACGACAAGCCCAAUUGAGACGUAUUUUGGAUUUACAACAGAAUCCAGUGUUUGGAGUUUCCUCGAAAUGGGAUUACGAGAAAGAUACGUGGAAGUAAUAGAAAAUACUGAGUUACGUAUUUAUUCAUCAUUCCGAAUGUUCUCUGUUUUUUCGAAAUUUUGUUUUAAUUGUGAACCUGUGAUCGAAUAAAUAUUAACACUC